UGAAGUUCUUUUCUGGACAACUAGUGCCUGUGGGUUCAUGGGUUAUGAACAGUAUCCUAAUCUUAUCGAUAAGAGUUAUAUUCCACUUAAAGCGAUGACACAGACCUCUAGGGAGAGUUCUAACGAGAGCACGGGGCAAGAUAAGAGUUGCAUGACAAAUGGAUAUUUGGAUACAGUUAUCGAUUGGAUACCUGGUAUGAAAGGUAUACGUUUGAAGGAUUUACCAAGUUUUCUUCGAACCACAGAUCUAAGCGAUUUUAUGAUUGAUUUUGUGUGUGGUGAAGCUGAGAGAGCUCGUAGAGGCUCUGCCAUUAUUUUCAAUACAUUUGAGAAAUUAGAACAUAACGUUUUGGAGGUUCUUUCAUCCAUGUUCCCUCCAAUCUACACUAUUGGACCUUUACACUUAUUAACGAAUCAAAUCAACGAUGAUAGUCUCAAGUUGAUAGGAUCAAAUCUAUGGAAAGAAGAACCCCAGUGCCUCGAAUGGCUCGACACAAAAGGACCCAACUCUGUUGUUUAUGUGAACUUUGGAAGCAUCACUGUCAUGACACCAAACCAAAUGGUUGAGUUUGCUUGGGGACUUGCUAAUAGCAACCAGACCUUUUUGUGGGUAAUAAGACCUGAUCUUGUCACUGGCGACUUGGCUGUUCUUCCACCAGAAUUCAUGGAAGCAACAAAAGAAAGAGGUUUAUUGGCAAGUUGGUGCCCCCAAGAGCAAGUUCUUGACCACCCGUCUAUUGGAGGGUUUUUAACUCACUCUGGGUGGAACUCCACACUUGAAAGCAUUUCGAGUGGAGUUCCAAUGGUCUGUUGGCCAUUUUUCGCAGAGCAACAAACAAAUUGUUGGCACUGUUGCACCCAAUGGGGCAUAGCGAUGGAGAUAGAUAAUGAUGUUAAGAAAGAUGAAGUUGAGAGCCUUGUGAGAGAGUUGAUGGUUGGAGAGAAAGGGAAGGAGAUGAAGAAAAAGGCUGUGGAGUGGAAGAGAUUGGCUCAAGAAACCACUGAGAGUUCCUCUGGUUCAUCUUUCUUGAAUCUAGACAAGCUGGUCAACCAAGUUCUUCUUUCUCUAAGACAUUAGCAUUAGGUUAAUUGCGCU